UGCUCAGUGUUUCCACUGAUCCCACAUCAGCACAGCGGCUCAGAGAAGAUGGCACUCGCUGACACAGAACGCGGGGUAUCCAACUGCGGCGACUCGGUCUCCCCGUUUUCAGAGAUUAUUGAGUUGAAUGUCGGCGGACAGGUUUAUGUUACCAGACACAAAACUCUCAUCGCCGUUCCAGACUCGCUGCUGUGGAACAUGUUCAGCAAGAAGUCAGCCAAGGAGUUAGCGAGAGACAGCAAAGGACGCUUCUUCUUGGACAGGGACGGGUUCUUGUUCCGCUACAUCCUAGAUUAUCUCCGAGACUUGAACUUGGUUCUCCCGGACUACUUCCCCGAGAAAAGUCGACUGCAGAGAGAGGCUGACUUUUUCCAGCUGCGGGACCUUGCGAAACGCCUCAGCCCCCGGUUGAGUAAGGACAAUUCAAUCAACGAAGAGAUCAGCCAGAGUGACACGGAGGAAGGUGCGCAGCAGUGCGGCUCCUCCGGCGGCAUGGAUACUUUACGCACCGUGUCGGUCAGCGGAGCCAUGCGCUCCCCAUCACUGGACUCCAGAAAGUCAGGCUACAUCACGAUAGGAUAUCGCGGCUCCUACACCAUUGGCAGAGACAUCCAAACCGAUGCCAAAUUCAGAAGAGUGGCUCGCAUCACGGUUUGCGGCAAGACGUCUCUGGCCAAAGAAGUGUUCGGGGACACCCUGAAUGAGAGCAGAGACCCGGACAGGCCCCCGGAGAGAUACACAUCCCGGUACUAUCUGAAGUAUAAUUUUCUCGAGCAGGCAUUUGACAAGUUGACAGAGGCGGGCUUCCACAUGGUAGCUUGCAGCUCCACGGGAACCUGCGCCUACACCAGCAAUGAUCCCAACGAGGACAAAAUUUGGACAAGCUACACUGAAUAUGUCUUCUGUCGGGAAUAACUAACAAUAAACAUGCCGCGUUGAUGUAAAUAGACAUUUCAUAAUAUAGAGGGGAAUGUCUUUAAAGUAUUGCAUUUGCUAUGUUGAAUGGUAACGUUUGUCAAGGGCGAGUGGCUGCAAAAUAUUGCUCCAUUAUUCUAAGAAUAGCCAAAUUACAGUAUUACCACUUCUGUGGUUAAACCAGAGACACGAAAUUGCCCCAAAUAGAAUAGAAACGAAUUUGACAGUUUGUCAAGAGAACAGUGUGUAACUUGGAUGUGCAAAGUGAGCAGAGCAUCGUUUUAGUUGACAGACCUAUCCAAAGCCAUUGGGUGGAAAAAAACACCAACAAAAUGCCAUCUCCUUCUCAUAGAACUGCAUGUCAAUAUUUCAGUCAUAUCUGACUCAGUGGUGUGUGGCAUCCAAGAACAGACAAGCAGCAAUUAGUAUUCAGUGUCAUUGUAACCUCCAUGGUUUGCUUGAUCACAUGUUUGGCCAAGUUUUGUAUUAUCUAAUAGGCUCAUAGCAGUUCUAUCUCUGACAUGGUUGUAAGUGUAUGUGCUUGAUUGGUAGAGUUGUACUUGUUAAACCUGUUCAGAUGAAAUAAAAUUGUAUACUCAGA